AUGUUACAAAGAUCACAAACUUGCUUGAACCUGAUUACCAAGGGAAGUAAUUUCAAUUUCCAUUUGAGGUUAAGUCAAAGGACAAGUCGGCAACCAAAGGAGAAACCACCACCAAAACUAGCUACAGAUGUAGUGAAUUAUAUAAAUAGUACUCCCGAGUACAAUGACAUUAAAAAUAAAAUUCCAAAUUCACUCUUAAGAAAAUACAAGACACCUGAAAGUAUGUAUCUAAUUAACAAAAAAACUGCAAAAGAAAUAGUAAAAACAAUUAAAGGUAGCAUUGAUAAUGACUCUCCUUUAAUCGAAGUCAACCCAGGUUUUGGAUAUCUAAGUGAGGAACUGUUGCAAUGUCAGAAAAAUCCAAUUUAUAUGUAUGAAAUGUCAAACCAGUUCUCAUCACACUUAAGUAAAUUACAAGAACUACACCCAGGUAGAGUGAAAUUCAAAAUAGCAGAUUUUUUUGGAAUGUGGAAAUUAGCAUUUAAAGACAAAAUAGACCAGGGAAACAGAAUUGAAGAGUUACUUGGAGAACUUAGCACAGAUGAUAAAAGUAGAGUUGUUAAAAUAAUUGGAUCAAUGCCCGGGUUGUCCUUUGUGAAACAUUUAAUUAAUAAUAUCAUAUUUCACAACACUACAAACCAACUCGGCAAACCAGAUCUAUUCAUCACAAUGCCAGGAUACCACUAUGAAUUCCUUACAGAUAAUGAGGUGCAGCUGAAGAAGCACAGAUCUGUACCAGCAUUGUUUCAGAUGCUUUUUGAUCACAAAGUACUGACAACUGUACCUAAGGUACACUUUUUACCAUGGACACACAAACCUGAUAGCAAGAAAAUAACAAUGAUGGAUGAACACAGACUAGUACUAGUAAACAUUACGCAAAAGGAUAAGUUGCCCUGUUCACCAGAGUACUUGCCUCUACUCUGGUAUUUCUUCAAACCACACAUGUUAUCCAAGACAACAAGAGUUAUACCAAUGUUAGAACAGUGGAUACCUGGUUGCGGCGUGUGGCUAAUAACGGGUCAAGAUCCUCCAGAUACAAAUAAACAAUUAGCCCCAAACCAAGAUGACGCUGAAUUGCCUCACAUGACCAUCUUCACAGAAUUCGGAGAUUUAAACUUACAGCAAAAGAUCACCGUGUUUAAAAAAUUCAUUUCCUGGCCUGAAUUUGAACAAUGCCAGUUUAGGGUUACUAUGGAAAACAAUUUACCUAAAUUCUUUACAAACAUCGACGACGACGACAAGGAAGUUAUUGGUACUCACAUAGAAGAUAUGGAACAUUCAGAUACGGAAAGUGAAACAUAG